GGAUUCGAAAUUGCAAGCUUUUUUUUCUUUUUUUCACCUUUUCAAAUCUUUUGUUUUUCUUUUACAAUAAAUUGGGUAGAAAGAAAAGAAAAUUUUGAAAUUCAGAAUUCCUCUUCUAAUUGGGGAUAAUGUUUUCCUUACAAUUCCCAAUUCCCAUCGACAACCUUCCAAUCACUCCACCGCCUAAAUUCCUUCUAAGUGGUUGCGCACUUCCAAAGCCCUAUGAAUUCAAAAGGCGCCGUUUGGGGAACCUCCGUGUAAGGGCGGCGGACGUUGCGGCUCCUGCGGCGGAGGAAGCGGCGUUGCCAGGUGGGCUUCAGAAGGAGUUCCUGCCGAGACACGUGGCGGUGAUUAUGGACGGAAAUGUGCGGUGGGCACGGGCGAUGAAUAUGGCGGACUCGAAAGGGCACGACGCCGGGGUACGGUCGUUGAGGGAAAUGGUCGACCUUUGUUUGGAAUGGGAUAUUCCAGUACUCUCUGUUUUUGCCUUCUCUUAUGAUAAUUGGCUUCGCUCUAAGCGUGAGGUCGAGUUUUUGAUGUUUUUAUUCGAAAGAGUUUUGAAAUCCGAGAUGGAGAAAUCUUCCAGGAAGGGAAUUAGACUAUCAGUAAUUGGGGAUUUAUCACUUCUUCCAAAAUCCCUACAAAACCUAAUAAACGAAGCAGUGGAAAGAACAAAAUCCAACACAAAGCUUCAACUAAUAGUAGCGGCCAGCUACAGUGGAAGAUACGACGUCGUUCAAGCCUGCAGAAACCUAGCUCGGAAAGUCAAAAACGACGAGAUUCAAGUGGAAGACAUUAACGACGAUCUCAUUGAACAAGAACUCGAAACCAAAUGUACGCACAUUCCUCACCCCGAUCUCUUAAUCAGAACCAGUGGCGAGCUCCGAAUCAGCAAUUUCUUGCUCUGGCAAUCCGCUUAUACCGAAUUCUUCUUCUCCGAAACGCUGUGGCCUGAUUUUCGGAAGGACGAUUUUGUUGAAGCUUUGCUUUCUUAUCAGACCAGGCAGCGGCGCUACGGCGGAAGGCAAUCUUGACAACAAUUCAUUAAUUAAAAAUAAAAACCCAAAUAAUAAUUAAAGAAAAAAAAAAGAAAAAAAGGUUAUACGAUACGAUUAGUAGAAAAAUAAUAAUGUUAACAACACAUAGGAGAUGAAAUUAGGGUGAAAAGGUAUUGGGGAAGGGGAAGGAUGAGGGAUGUAACUUCGAAAUGGUAUGUAUAUAACAUAUGAAUACCAAAUUUGGUGCCAUUUGGUUAAUUUUUGCAAUUUCAGUUAUGUUUUUUUGUA